CACCACAAGUGGAACCGAUAAAUAGAUCACCUGCCACCGGUCUCUGUUCUAGUCACAGUUGUUGCCUACCCUUUCCCGCCCUCGUCUAGUCGGAGACGGAGGGACCGUCGUCGAUGUCGGUGGUGGUGGUGCUCAGUAUCCUCCUCUUCCUCUUCUCCACCGUCGAAUCAGCCGACGAAUUUGCCGUCGAUUCAAUCGGCCACCGCCGGCCACAGCUUGCUGGUUUAUGUGCUCAGAUCCUCCAACCUCUUGGAUACCCUUGCUCCGAACACACUGUUCAAACAAAGGAUGGUUACAUAUUGGGUCUUCAACGCGUGUCAUCUAGUUCUGGUUUAAGAUAUCAAAAGGGUCCUCCAGUCCUGCUUCUACAUGGGCUCUUUAUGGCAGGUGAUGCGUGGUUUAUGGAUUCCAUGAAUCAAUCUUUGGGCUUCAUGCUUGCUGAUCAUGAUUUUGAUGUUUGGGUUGGAAAUGUGCGUGGGACGCGUUGGAGUCAUGGACAUAUAUUUUUAUCUGAGAAAGAUAAGGAAUUUUGGGAUUGGAGUUGGCAGGAGUUGGCAUUGUAUGACCUUGCAGCAAUGAUCCAUUAUGUAAAUUCAGUUACAAACUCAAAAGUUUUUACCGUUGGGCAUUCACAGGGGACGAUCAUGUCUCUGGCUGCUUUUACUCAGCCAGAGAUAGUGAAAAUGGUCGAAGCUGCUUCACUUCUUUGCCCCAUAUCAUACUUGGAUCAUAUUACUGCUCAAUUUCCUCUGAGAUUGGUUAAAAUGCGUCUGGACGAGGUGAUUCUUGCAUUGGGCAUUCAUGAACUUAAUUUUAAGAGUAAUAUGCUCACUGGCCUCAUAGAUAUGGUAUGUGAUGGACAUAUGGAUUGCAACGACUUGCUAACUUCCGUUACAGGGAAAAACUGUUGCUUCAACAACUCUCGGGUAGAUAUAUAUCUUGAAUAUGAACCGCACCCAUCUUCCUCAAAGAACUUGAACCAUCUUUUCCAGAUGAUUCGUAAGGGUACUUUUGCAAAAUAUGACUACGGAAAGUUAAAAAACAUGAAGAAAUAUGGGCAAUUGAAACCCCCAGUAUUUGAUCUUAGUCACAUACCUGAUUCAUUGCCAUUAUGGAUGGGUUAUGGGGGACUCGAUGCCUUGGCAGAUGUGAACGAUGUGGAGCACACUCUAAAAGAACUGCAGUCGAAGCCUGAAUUGCUUUAUCUGGAGAACUAUGCUCACUUAGAUUUUCUUUUGAGUGUAAGGGCGAACGAAGAUGUGUAUGAUCAUAUGAUUAGAUUUUUUAAGUCACUGGGAAAGGUUAGUAGUUCUUAACUGACUGAUUUGUGCAAAUGUGAGGAUCACGAUGUAUGUAUAUAUACAUAUUUUUAAUCGUAUCUGUAUUCGUGUUUGAACUUUUAUAUUGUUAUUAUAUGUUAACCAGUAAAUGUUUU